AUGGGUAACACCGAAUCCACGCCGUCGGAUUUGCAUGACAACUACCUGGCUGUGCUGAAAAGCAUUGAGACUCGCUUGGGGAAGUCUGCGACCUCAGAGUCGUCGCGCCGCCGCGCAAGCGGCGCAGGGGGCUGGUCGCGUGCGGCAAGGAAGCAAUCCGAGGAAACUCGCCCUCCCAGCGGAAGCAGAGAGAGGGCUUCCAGCCGUCCUUGCAAGUCUGGUUCCAAACUUGACAAAUCUGCAUCCGCGCUCAGCUCGAAGUCCUUCGCGGAUGGCAACCAGCGCUGCAGUUCGGAGUCUCUCGGCAGCAAAAAGCGCGGCAAGGAGCUCGCGCAUCGUCGGCAGGAUACACUACCGCAUUCCGAUGAUGAGAAGAAGUCCUCUGCGAAGUCCACUGAGGGCCGGCGCGGACACGACGCAAAACGACAAACUGGCAGUUCAGCUUCUGGCGUCAAUGAGUCGACGGCGGCGGGUUCAGACUGGGAAGAUUCAGCUGUGAACGACUUUGCGGAGGAGAAUGAGUGCGUCGUUCCAAGCCCCGUCCAUUUCAAACUGGAGACCAAAGACUCAGGAGUGAAGGGACGGUCGCCCCGCCUUUUUCCGUGCGAGUCAGAGCUGCCUUCCAUCACAGAUCUCGACGACGAGGAGACGCAGGCGGGGGGUAUGGACGCUCGCGAGUCUGCGCCUGAGACGCCCUCUGCCUUUGCAGAGGGCGCAGAAGCGCAGGAGCGGGCGCGGAAGAAUAGUGUGUCUAAGAAAGAGGCGAAAACGCGCAUCGCGUCGUCGCGAGGCGACAAGCAUGCGCGACACUCAGGGGAGCAGAAGGCUGAGUCACUCGAACGUGAACAGGCGAGCGGGUCAGAACGCGGGUCUCCGCAAAAGAAACCCAGCCGCGGGCUGUCCUGCAGCGAGGCACGCAGAUCCAGUGCAAAGAACUCAGCGUCUUUGACGAAUGGUCGCAAGAAGGAGCGUCAGCCGCAAGCCCUUUGUGCGGAGGAGGUCGGUCUGUCGUCUGCAGCGGGCACUGGCGUGCGGAAAAAGGGAAGCAAGGAGCUGACAGCAGAGAAAGGAGGGAGUGCGGCGGCGGCGCAGUUCGAAGGCUUCUCGCCCUAUUCUCCUUCGUACGCGUUCGAUGCGCCGACGCCGCCCAUCAAGGCCACGACGACGGGUCGCACAGAGGCGCGUGCCUCCUGUAGAGGCGGCGGCCGGGGUGAUGGAGGCUCCGCGGGCCCCGAAGAAGAUGCAGACAGUUACAUUUACGGACAAGAAAGAAACCACUUUCCUUUCCUGGACGAACCCGCCCUCUCGCUGCUGGUGCCUUUCCUCUUCGGCAAGAGUCUCGCGGCCUGCAUGGCUGUCUGCCCGCACUGGUUCAUGCGAAUCAAUCGGGCUAUGGAGCGAAUGUGCGCCGAUGUCACCGACGGAUUCGCGAAAAUGUACGCCAACUACCUCAAGCUGUGGGGUGGCGCCGUCAAGCUGCAGCCGCUUCAGACCGCGGACGACGACGGCGUCCGCGUGGACUGGGUCAUCUUCGCCAAGGUCCUGCCUCGCUGCGCCGGAAAUAUUCUCGACAUUGGAUACACCUACUCGUAUAUCCCCGAGCGCGCUUCCUCGCCCGGGGGGCUCGACUACGAAGACCGAGCCCUGGGACGCAGCAGAAGCCGUGGAGGCCGCGGACGCCGAGACAGCGGACGAAUGUGGUCGUCUUCGGGACACGAAGAAGGCGUGAUUCUUUCGCCGAACGGGCAGCCCUGCCCUGCCAACAGUUCGUCGCGGAGCUUCACGGUAUCGUAUGCGUUCGCGACGAGCCCAGCGAACUCAAGUCGGACGCUGUGGAUUCAUCGCGACAUGUGCCGCUUCCACGGGGACGAGACAGGCGUCGCGGCGAUGGGCUCUGUCGCCCGCGUUUGCGUCGGCGACUUCCUUGAAGUGGCGGUGUCUGUGUUCAGCGGCGGAGGGCGCGUGGCGCUGGAUCGCGUCUGCUGGCUGCCGCCGGUUCAGGAGCGCCGGCGCGACUCCGCGCCCUCCAGGGGCAUCUUCAGCCGGGAGGCUUGCCCCCUGGAGCGAGGCGCGCCCGACUGGCUGCCGCUAGACCAGUUCCGCGUCAUGACUACCGAGCGACUCAAGGACGCUGACGAUUUCUCUCCACACCUGCGACACAUACACACAGAGUUCUUCGGAAUGGACGUUGCUGUCCGCAAGUCGACUUAUCGAGCAGUCCGCCAAGGAUCUCUGGGUGCCACAGCGUGCCGGUGCUGGGGAUUCCCGUGCGAAGUUCUCCCUCAAGGCGUCCCAAUCGUCUGCCCUCUCACUCGGCGGGGCCUCCAGCACGAUCGGUUUCUCUCCGUUCAACUCCGUGAGGGCGACGUCGUCGACUACUACCUGAGCCAGGGCGGAGCGAAUGUGUGA